CAGAAAGCGGAAACAAUAGAGAACCACAAACACACACCCUUGUCUUGGCGAUCUACUCAGGGAAAUAAAAUACCUUUACCUUUUAAGCAAUACUAGUAAAGUAGACAUCUAAGAAAAUACGAAGUCGACGAGUACUUAGGGGCAUUUGACUAAGUUGGUCACCAUGGCACUGAAAAGAAUACAGAAGGAGCUUCAUGACCUGCAGAGGGAUCCGCCAGCACAGUGCUCUGCUGGACCCGUGGGAGAGGACUUGUUCCAUUGGCAAGCAACAAUAAUGGGGCCAGGUGAUAGUCCGUACCAAAGUGGGGUCUUCUUUCUCACAAUCCACUUCCCCACCGACUAUCCCUUCAAGCCACCAAAGGUAGCAUUCACAACAAAGAUCUAUCAUCCAAACAUCAACAGUAACGGGAGCAUUUGCUUGGACAUCUUGCGAUCCCAGUGGUCUCCAGCAUUAACUGUAUCAAAAGGUGAGAGAACUGGUAACAGGGCCAUACCCAGUAACGGGGCCAUACUCAGUAACAGGGCCAGACCCAGUAACGGGGCCAGACCCAGUAACGGGGCCAUACCCAGUAACGGGGCCAUACCCAGUAACGGGGUCAUACUCAUCACACUUUGA